AUGGAUAGCGAACAUUCACGAUCGGUCUCUUUUUGGUGUUCAAUUCGUGUUGCUGUUGCUUUUGUUGGUUUUCUGGGCAUGGUUGCGCAUUAUUCACAAAAAAUUAGUGUUGGUAUUGCUCUUGUUUGUAUGGUCAAUCAUUCAGCUAUUGAUCAUCACAAAUCUUCUAUUAAUAUACCACUUACACAAGCUGAUAUUGAUUGUCCAUACGCAAAUAAUACAGUCAAAAUUGAAGGUCCAUAUCCAUGGACAAAAAAUAUUCAAGGUAUUGUCUUAGGAGGAUAUUUUUGGGGUUAUUUGAUUACAGAAAUACCUGGUGGAUAUUUGGCUGUUCGAUAUGGUGCUCGAUUUAUAUUUGGUAUAGCAAUGAUUAUUUCUGGUAUAUUUACUUUGGUGAUGCCAUGGGGUGCAAGUUUACAUUACAUAGUACUUUGGAUUUUUCGAUUAAUUGUUGGAUUUGCGCAUGGAGUGAUAUGGCCAAGUAUGGCUGUAAUCAUGGCACAUUGGGCACCACCUAAUGAAAGAGGAAAACUUGUUGGUUUUAUGAAUGCUGGUGCUCAAAUUGGAAAUGUUUUGACAUUAUCUCUCGGUGGAUUAAUGUGUUCAUCGAGUUUUCUUGGUGGUUGGCCAUUAAUUUUCUAUUCCACAGGUAUUAUUGGUCUGGUGUGGGGUGUAUUUUGGCUUAUAUUUUAUGCUGAUUCACCUCAUGAUCAACGUUGUAUUAGUAAUGAAGAAAAAGAAUAUAUUCUUAAUAGUACUCAACAACAAUUAUCUAGUCAUAGUCAAAGUGAAUUUGAAGCUCCAUGGAAAUCUAUUUUAACAUCACCUGCUUGUUGGGCACUUUUUAUUAUUCAUACGUGUAAUAAUUGGGGUACAUAUACAUUUCUUACAUCAAUACCAAAAUAUAUGGCUGAAGUAUUAAGAUUUGAUAUUAAAUCAAAUGGUUUACUCUCAUCAUUGCCUUAUAUUAUGUUUUGGAUUAAUAUAAAUCUAUCUGGUGUAAUAGCUGAUAUGAUUAUUCGAAAGAAAAUAUUAACAAGAACACAAACAAGAAAAGUAUUUAAUGUAUUAGGAAAUUUGGUUCCAGCAAUAUUUGUUAUUGGUUUAGCAUUUAUGACAUGUAAAAUUAAAUAUGUUGCAGUAACUUUAUUAACAAUUGGUGUCACGUUCACUGGGUGUUGUUAUGGUGGAGGUUUUAUGUUAACUGCAAAUGAUAUUGCUCCAGCUUAUGCAGGAAUUGUUUUUGGGAUUUCAAAUACCUUUGCUACAAUACCAGGCAUUAUUAGUCCUUAUAUUGUUGGAGCUCUUACAGAAAAAGAUCCAAAUAAUUGGCGAAUUGUUUUCUUCAUUUGUGCAAUUAUUUAUAUAAUUGGUAUGAUCGCAUUCUUAUUUAUUGGAUCUGGUGAUGUUCAAACAUGGGCAAUAAAACAUCAGACUGAAGCUGUGAUGCUUGAACAAACUCCUUUAUCUGCACCGACUGAAAUCACAUUAGAAAAAAAUUUUUAA